UGCCGCUAUCGCCGGUUGUAUUGUAUUUUAUUUUCAGCAAACUAUUUACAUUAUUUCAAACAAAAUUUAGAUAGAAAUGAUUGGAGUACGACAAAAUACUUUUAGCGAUUCUUCAGUUGAACCUGAUCAAGAUGCUAACUCAGCCUUAACAGAACUUGAUAAAGGCCUGAGAUCAGGAAAAGUAGGUGAACAAUGUGAGGCAAUAGUUCGCUUUCCGCGUCUUUUCGAGAAAUAUCCUUUUCCAAUUUUAAUCAACUCAUCUUUUUUGAAGUUGGCUGACGUAUUUCGUAUGGGUAAUAAUUUUUUGAGAUUAUGGGUCUUAAGAGUGUGUGAGCAAAGUGAGAAGCAUCUUGAUAAAAUACUGAAUGUUGACGAGUUCUUACGAAGAGUAUACAGUGUGCUGCAUUCAAAUGACCCUGUGGCACGAGCAUUAACUUUGAGAACUCUGGGUGCUGUGGCUGGCAUUAUCCCAGAGAGACAAAAUGUUCACCAUGCUAUUCGGAGAGGACUAGAGAGUCAUGAUAAUGUAGAAGUGGAUGCUGCCAUUUAUGCCACAACCAGAUUUGCAGCUCACUCUAAUGCUUUUGCUGUAGCCAUGUGCAACAAGCUGUCUGACAUGGUCGAGUGUGAGAGCACGGGGGCUGAGAGGAGAGCCAAACUGGUGAGGGCUCUGAGAACUGUUCAUGGUGGAGCUGUUCGAGCAGAAGGAGUGCUGAAGCUUCUUCGAUCAUUGUUGGAGAAGUUCCCGUCAUCCAGCUCUGUUCGAGCCGCUAUCACCGCACUCACAGCUAUAGCAACAGACACCGUUGUUCAUGUCCCUGACCAAGUUGAUCUACUCAUAAAGCUGGCUAUGAACGACCCCCGAUCAGCAGUACGUCGCAGUGCACUCAUGGGUCUUCGCAAACUGGCCGAGCAUGCUGCUCUGUGGAAUGCAGUCUCCAUACAGAACCUCGUCAGAGCGGCCACUGACUGCCAGGAUAUGGAGCAUAUCAUGUUGUGCUUACAAGUCAUGCAGAUGUUGGUAAAGUGUCCGGCUGUAUGCGCACUGGGUACGGGCUCCGCGGACAGCGGCGGCAGUGCGCUCAAGCAGUUCUGCGCAGGCGCCGCGCUCGCACCGCACCUGACCCACGCUGCCAUCGCCGCCGACGUGCUAACCACCAUCGUGGUGCACUGCUAUGAAGAGUCCCUUCCAGUAGAAGGUGCAGAUCUGAUGCAGGCUCUCGAGUCAAUGGUGAUCGCGACGGGACACUUGCCAGAACAGAAUAUUAAUCCUCUCCGAAUGGCGCUACGCUGCUUAGUCAAGCUGAGCAACGCCGAGCCAACGCUGUACGGUGAGCGCACCGCGGAGGUGGUAGGUGGUGAGGUGGCGGGGGCUCGGGGUGUCCGCCAGGUGGCACUGCUGGAGGCCCUGGCGGCCCUGUGCGGGGCCCACGUGACCCGCGCGCUGCGACACCUGCCACCUGCGCUACGAGACCACAAGAUUAUGGCUCAAACAGACCCGAAGUACGAUGGAACCAGCUUGGUGCUCAUCUGUACAAUCCUGCUCCAGGAGCGAGCCCGCACUGCGCUCUCGUGCAAACUGAACGACUCCUGGCAGUACAAGAUCUUGGAUGCCAUCUCCGGCGCUGAUGGAUGGACCAGAUACCGUGUGGCACGGGCAGCGCUUAGAUACGGUCAUCAUAGCCUUGCCGCGGAUAUACUGAAGCCUCUCUGUGAUGAAGCGCCGAGUGAGUCGGCACAACGCUGGCUGGUGGCUCUUCACAGAUCAGCGGCUGCUGAUCACCAACUCAACAUCGAUGGUAUAGCCGGUCUAGAGAUGGCCAGUUCCCGGUGGGAGUGGUCGGGGUCAGCGGGUCUGGGUGGUGCGGGCGUGUGUUCCAGCGGGUGCGCGGGCUGUGGUUCUUGCCUCCCUCUCGCACCCGCGUGGGCCGCCGCUCGCGCUCUCGCUCUGUCCGCGCUGGCCCGUAGCGCUGCGGCUGCGCGCUCUCUGUGCACUCAACCACCGCCCGCCAUCGCUCAGGCGUCGCGGGAGGCGGGUGCCCGUGCGGGCGCGUGUGCGGCGUCGCUGCGCGGUGCGGCGAGGGCACUAGCCGCAGUGGCGGCGCGGUAUGAGGCCAUCGCGCGGACGGCCUUCCACGCACACCGCUCCACACUGGCUCUACUGCAUAUUUCUCAGCACACAUAUACCCAAUUGGCUCAGUUCCUGGAACGUAUCACCAUGAGUCACCAGGAUGACUCAGAAAUAUUUCUCAAGGAGCUAAAACCGACCACCCUUGAGGAAACCAUCGCUCUGGCACCCUCUGUCGCCAUCGCCAACAUAUCGGCCAAGCUCUUUAACAAUCCUACCACAGAACCGGGAAUUUCACAUCGGCACGCGGCUGCCGUGCUCGCAGCUGUGCGAGCGUGCAGCGUGGGCACAGUUUGGCCGCGGGACGUGUGCGCAGGCGGUGCGGCGUUGCCGCUGUGCCACGUGUCUGUGUCGCCCGCGAGCCGCGCGCCGCCCGCCGAGUACGCUGCGACGUUGCCGCUUCCGCACCGCCUGGCGCUGAAACUGGAGGGAGUGCUGCUCACGCGCAAAAAAAAACCAAUGCGACAAGUAAAAGGCGUACAGAUAACGGUGACAGCCACGCCGCAUCCUCGAACCAAUGAAAAGACGGUCGAGCUGGCGAACAUUCCGCCGGUGCUGACGGCCGUCCAAACCGUGCAGCCGGUUCGGGACUUCUUCUCGGCGCAGCAGCUGGUCAACGUGACGGCGCCCGGCCUCUACACAGUGGCCGUAGAGGCCGCCUUCCUCGACGAUGCGGGGGACCUCUGGAACACUGGCCCCAGGACCUCCAUUGUCAUUAAGGCUCAUGAAGAUCCCAGUACGAAAGGAAACUCUCAAGCUUCGCGGAGUCGUUUCUAAUAUUAAGUUGUUUUGUAAUUUCUGAAUAAAUAAUGGAAAUCCGUCAUAA